ACGGAAGGGGGCGUGGUUUGUGGCAGAAGCGGCUCCCAUGGCGGAGCAGCGCGUUUCGCGCUGGUACUUCGGCGGCCUUGCGUCGUCCGGGGCCGCCUGCUGCACCCACCCCUUGGACCUGCUGAAGCACUCAGAGCAUGCUCCGGCACCAGCUGACACAGCUCCCAUGCGUCCAGGCCGGCCCCCCACGACUCCCGCUGCCAUGCGUUGCCCCUGGUGAUGGUGGGAAGUGUUGGGCUGCUGCAGGAGGGAAGGAGAGCAUCUGGCUGGCUGUCCACCUGCAGACACAGCAGGAGGUGAAGAUGCGGAUGAUGGGGAUGGCGAUGCACGUGAUCCGCACCGAUGGCUUCUUUGCUCUCUACAAUGGGCUCAGCGCCUCGCUGUGCCGGCAGAUGACAUACUCCUUGACUCGCUUUGGCAUUUAUGAGACCGCAAAGAAACACCUGGGCCAGGGCAGCCAGGGGCCUCCCCCCUUCUACCAGAAAGUGCUGAUGGCUGCAGCAGGAGGUUUCACUGGUGGGUUCGUGGGGACCCCGGCUGAUAUGGUGAACGUCAGGAUGCAGAACGACGUGAAGCAGCCGCCGGCUCAGCGGCGCAACUAUUCCCAUGCCCUGGACGGCAUGUACCGUGUCCUCCGGGAAGAGGGCCUGAAGAAACUCUUUUCAGGAGCUACUGUGGCAUCCUUCCGUGGGGCCCUCGUCACCAUUGGGCAGCUCUCCUGUUAUGACCAGGCCAAACAGCUGGUUCUCGCCACUGGGUUGCUGUCAGACAACAUUGUCACUCAUUUCCUGUCCAGCGUCAUUGCCGGCGGGUGUGCCACAUUCCUGUGCCAGCCCCUGGAUGUGCUCAAGACCCGCCUCAUGAACUCCCACGGGGAGUACCAGGGUGUUGUCCACUGUGCCAUGGAAACUGCCAAGCUCGGACCCCUCGCCUUCUACAAGGGCUUUGUUCCUGCUGCUGUCCGGCUCGUUCCUCAGACUGUUCUCACCUUUCUCUUCCUGGAGCAGCUGCGCAAAUAUUUUGGGAUCAAAGUGACCACCUGAGUUAGAGGGAUGGGACCCUGCCUCACCCCAGAGGGAUGAGCGUGUGGGUCACCCCCAAGAUCCCAGAACCUCUCUCUGCUCUCUGGGGCCAGCACCAUUCUCCCUCCUUUUGGCCCCAUUCCUGUGCCUUGCCAGCACCUGUGGCCAACCCCCCAGACUCCCCUCUCCUCUCACCCCCAUUCUCAGUAUCUCCAUUACCUCUGCACUACUGGUUUUGGGUUUCUUGCGGGGGUUUUUUGCUGUCUUCCUAUUACCCUACUUCUGGCCUUGAGUUCUGUCCUUGCCCCCUUCAGCCCUGUCCCUCACGUGCACCGGGAACAGGACUGUGCUAUCCCGGGGAGGAGUGGGAUUGGCUGCCUGGCUCUGUACCUCAUUGCAGAACAUAUGGGGCUGAGGGGGCUGGUGCCCCUGCGGCUGUGGGGCUUGGGCUCAGGGCAGUGGGGGUGAGGCCCUGUCCUCCCUCAGUGCCUCUGGCCCCCAUGCUCCCCAUGAACGCCAGCUCAGCCUGGACCCCCUGCCCUGCUCCUGACCUCCCACACCCUGCUUCUGCUUGGCCAAAACUCCCCAGCGCUGCCAGCCGCUGGGCUCUUCAGGGAUUGUGCCUCAUACCAAUGAGGGCGGGGAAUGCACCCCAGCCAGCCCCAGCUCUGGCAGGGCCCAGCAACGCCUGCUCGAGGACCCAGUACUCGCUCACUCACAGCGUGCCCUCGUCAGACCCAGCCUCUGUGGGGGCAUCCCCCCCAUGCUGCUCUGCAGCCUCACUUGCCCCAGGGCUGAGCAGCCCCCUGCCCCUCACAGCCCCCUGGCCCUGCACCACCCUGUGUGCAGGGGCUGCGGGCACCAGCCCCUCCGCCGUGUGCACCUCUGUGUGUGCUGGCCCUGAGGGAUCAAAGAACUGGAAUAUCCAUGACCUUAAUGUAUAAUAAAGGUGAACGUGGACAGGG